AGCAGAAGUAGAAGCAGAAGAAGAAGAAGAAGAAGAAGAAGAAGAAAACAGAAGGAAAGGCGGACUCCCAUGAUGCAUUGCACUGCCAACGUAUGCAAACCAGGAACAUGGCUACCGGUGCUUAACAGCAGCAAUCCAUCGUUACAAAACACUUAUGAGGGUCUGACACAGUCUGUCACAGUGUAAUAUUUGCUGGUUCUCCGCCACAGAAGAAAAUCCUUCGUAGAGUUUCCAGCUGAGCCUCAGAAAACACCGUUGUUCAUCCAUCCAGUGUGGGUCAACAUGGCGAGUCCAAGGACCAGACGAGUUCUGAAGGAAGUGAGAACCCAAGAAGAGAAUAAUCUAUGUUUUGAGUGUGGGGGUUUUAACCCUCAAUGGGUUAGUGUGACUUAUGGGAUCUGGAUUUGUCUUGAGUGUUCUGGCAAGCACAGGGGCCUGGGAGUACAUCUGAGUUUUGUGCGCUCUGUCACCAUGGACAAGUGGAAAGAUAUUGAGCUUGAGAAGAUGAAAGUGGGAGGAAAUGGGGAAUUCCGCCAAUUUCUUGAGCUCCAAGAUGAUUAUGAUCCCACCUGGAAUUUACAGGAGAAAUACAACAGCAAAGCUGCUGCACUCUUUAGAGACAAGGUUGCAACUAUAGCAGAGGGUAAGGAGUGGUCCAUUGAGACAUCCCCUGCCAGAAACUGGACAUCCCCUCAACCCAAGGCCGGCCUUUCAUCCUCUCAUCGCUCUGGAGGGCCGGGACAAAGCUCAGCCAAACCCGGCGACAAAGCAUUUGAAGACUGGUUGAGUGAUGAUGUUAACUCGUAUCAGAGCGGAGGGGGCUACAGUGGCAAUCAAGAGAAUCGGUAUGUCGGCUUUGGCAACACAGUGACCCCGGAGAAGAAAGAGGAUGACUUCAUCAACAAUGCCAUGACUUCUAUUUAUUCAGGUUGGAGCACUUUUGCUGUUGGAGCUAGCAAGUUUGCUUCUAUCGCUAAAGAUAAUACAUCUAAACUGGCAAACCAAGCAACUUUAAAGGCCACAGAGUUAGGACAGACAUUAAAUGAGAAUGUUAUCAAACCUACACAAGAAAAGGUAAAAGAUGGCAAAUUGCUAGAUGAAAUGACACUUGGAAUCAGCGGGCUGGCAAACAAGGUCCAGGGAGCUGGUUCCAAAUUGACUAAUCUCUUUGCGGGAAAAACGGAGGAUGGGUCUGCUGGAGAGAGCUACCAGAACAUGGAUGCCACUGAGGGAUAUCAGGGCAGUUCUAGCCAGCCUGUCGCAAAGGACUUCUGGGAAACCUUUGGAAGCAGCAACUCCUUAAAGGCCAAGAAAUCCCCCAGCAGUGACAGCUGGACCAACGUAGAUAAUUCUGCAAAGAAGAGCUCUGACAGUUGGGACAAUUGGGGCUCAGAGGGAGCGUCCAACAACAAACACAGCACAGAGGAGAGCUGGGAAGCCUGGGACAACAACUGGGAGAACGCAGAUGGUAAGACGAAGAAGAGUCCCACAAAACCUGCCGAGGAAACCUGGGAUAAUGCAGACUGGUAGUGACCUAACAAACGUACAUCUCCCCUCCUUUUCCCCACUCUGGUAUUUUCCCUGUUUCCCUCUCUCUGUUCACGUCACUGGCACCUUUUAGGGAAGAAGCAGAGUAAAUUUCCCUGUAAAUCCAUUCAAAAUAUAUUUAUUAUAAACCCAGGAAGCAACUAAUGAGGCCCGGGGCUACGUUAAGCUCAUCAUGAGAGUAAGAUUCUAAAAAUAUACAACUAAACAGACCUAUGGUCAUGUAUUUUAUUGUAAAGUACCCUCCUCAAAAGUAAAUACAAAUAAAUCAGUGUAGAUACGGUCAUAACUUUAUGCCUCGGCUCCCUAAAAAUAUUACUUACCAUCUACCAAUGGCGAAUAAUCCAGUGUUCAUAGUGUAUGGGUUCAAUGAAACUGGUUCUCAAGUCACCAGAUAAAGAAACAAUGCAUGGCAGAGAAAAUCAUUGUAAAUGUAAAUCCUUGUAAAUACAGUAUGAUUGACUAAGCACUCAUGGCAUGAUUUUAUGUUUGUUCAGUCAAAUGUGAUGUCUUCUACCCCUGGACCUUUUGCACAUUUUUGUUCUUGGAAACUCAUUUUUUAAGCAUUAUUGUAGUAACAGUGUUAUAUUAAAUAAAAGGAACAAAUAACCACUGAAACUAAUUUGAUCAGAAAUCCAAUAUUCUAAUAUGUAAUGACUUGGAGCUUAAUCUCCGUAUUUAUAGUAAUUUAUUAUGAAAAAAAUUGGUCUAAAAUGUGCAAAUAGUCAAUGGGUGCAGAGGGCUGCUGAUGCGUGAUCAUGUUAUUGAGACCAGAAUUUAAACAGGAUGCCCAAAAGCUGAAUUUGUUGGGUCCCAAACAGAGCACAUAAAUAAUUGCCCCCUCUAAUUGUAAGAUGGUUACGUUUCUUUUGGGUUAAUACAUUUAUUGUGUCACAUUGGUGCCAGACAUUGAAUUAUAACAUAAAUAACCUGCUUAAAGGUAAGCCGAUACAAAUUGAAAUUUGACUUUCACUUUCGUCCAGCUUUGCUGUCUGUUCAAGACGUGACGCCCGGUAACGCAUAUCCCCAACAUCAUUGAAGGUUGUUUUUUGUUAUGCAACUCCUCCAGAGAUAUUUAUUUAUUAAGUAGUACUGUACUUUAUACGACAACAUUGAGCAAGUGAUGACAUUUUUAUCUUUUUCUGACUUUGAAGUUGGCUGAUACUAUUUAAAUAAAAACAUUCAAAUUAACGCUCACGCAGUCGGGACAGUUCUACUGUCUUAUUAUUCUAGCUGAUACACAAAAAAUGUGUUCAUAUAAUGAAACCUAUUUGUUGGACAUUUUAAUCCAUCAUUAACAAUUUAGUUUUCAGAAUGUGACUUUUUUUCUGAACAAUUUGGGUCUAAAGAGAAUAUAUACAGUUUAUUGAUGAUAAUAACAUACAAAAGUCUCUCAUUGCAGGUUAAAAUUCUGUAUUUACCUUGUGGGAGUGUGUAGGUUGUGUUUAAAUAACUGGACUCAGACGGGGACUGUGUUAACGUUACCUGCAUGGUGUUGCCUGUGAACCUGUAACUUGUGACCUCAACUGAACCGACUGCUCUUUGUAAAUCUCAUAUGAAGUAGCUCCGUGUGAUCGGUUAUGUACAUCUGUUAUUAUGCAGCACCUUGGUUAUUAUGUAUCAUGAGGAUUUGUUGUUGACCAUAUCUUCACCCUUGUACCAACAUCUAAAUUCUGGAUUAAUAUUAAUGAAGCUCAUUACACGCUUUUAUGUCAUAGCUCUUCUUAUUAAUUAAUUUAGUCCCUCAGUCAGAUGAAAUGGCAGCUGCACUCACAUUGUUGAUGGUAGAUGCAAAUGUUUUUUAACGAGUGGUAAUGUAAUCGCUGUGAAACUUGGUAUUUAACAAGCCUCUGGUGUCAAAUGAGCUGUCGAGGUUUAGAACUUGGCCAAUUUUGCAGAACCCACUUUCCUAUGUGGCCUUUAAUCCUGUAUAAUACAAAGUGUUGCAACUUUAUUGCACUGUUCAAGUCUCAUUUGCCUGUAUGUGUAAUAACUUACACAUGCCUAGUCUUUAUUAAUGUUGCAAACCACUAAAUAGUAUCGGUUAAAUACACUUUUACCAAUGCCAUCUGCAGGUCUGAUCUAUAUUUGUCAAUUUGAUAAACAUUGAACAAAUAAAGAUUGUAUCAGUGUCUGUACUCAACGACAGGUAUUUAAUUAUUAACUGCUCAUAAAGCUGUCUCAGUGCAAUAAAGUUGCUGGAUUGUUGAUAAAUAUUAAGGCGUUAUAAAGUAUUGCUGUAACUCUAUAGGAGAAACCUAUUGGGCCUCAUGAUUGGUAGAAGUAAUAUUUAAUUAUCACCGGUUUAACAGGUGAAUAAUUAUUCCUGGAACUUUCUUCCAUGCCCAUUUCCUACCUCUAAGACGUCUUCAGUUUACAGCAGAGUUUAGAAAAGCGAACCUGCUUUAUUUCAGAACUUUUCAGCAUUGUUGGUGUACAUCUUAUAACAGCAGGCUUUGCUGUGGCUCAUUUUGUCGUGUGUGUUGAGGCAAAGCAACACAGAUCGGUCUACAUUAUUGGUGUGUUCUCAGUGACAUGUUGUGAUGUUAAACAAAAAAAAAGAUCACUUCAGCAACAUUUGUGCCGCUGAUCCUUCAUGUAAGGUUGUGUGUUUAAAAACCUUGAACAGCUGUGAUUACUUCAUGUUGAUACUGAUGCCAGUUUGCUUGUGUGUCUGAUGCAAUGAGGUGUAUGUGUCAGGAAAUUACCAUCAAAUAUGUAUUUUUUACCCUCAGCUUUUCCUAAAUUACUGGAGCUUUAUGUCAGCUAUUUUCUUGUUUUUCAUUUUAACUUUACAAUGGCAUGACAAAACAUAACCUGCCAGGACAUGGAUGAAAGAUCUUGUGCUGUGAUAUCUCACAAUUAAGAAAGGGAAAUAUUUGAACAGCCACAUGUCUGAAAUCUGUAACAGAGCUUAUAGUUCUGAAAUACCAUCAUUAUUUUAUUGGUGAUUGUUGGGCUUAUUGGGACACUUGAUCUGCAGAUAAACUGCAGACUGUGUUAUUGACUGUAAUGCUUCCAAAUGGUGUUGAUAAAAGUGAUCAUUUUUAUUUUUUUAUAAACUUCACAUAAUCUGAAGCUCAUUCUAAACUUUAACUUUCCAGUGCAGCAGUUUGGCUCAUUGUCUGUGCCUGUCGAACAUUUAUGAUUGGGUAUGUCCAUGUUUGUUGAUGAAACUAUUAUGUCAGAAAUACUAUUUUUGAUGUCAUGCAUGAGAUGUAUCGUGGAGCUAAAUACAUUCAGCUGUUGUUUGAUUUUCAAAAGUGGUUUCCUCAGUGAAUUUAAGUGCAGUCGUCUGCUGGCCCCUUCGAGUUACACCAGCAGCCAUCCCAUGAAGUGAGCCACUGUAACCUAUUCAGUUAAGGCUGUGGAUAUUAUUCCUGUACACAUGGUUUCUGUGUUCAAUAAAAAUGUAUUGUGCCGUGAAUGCCA